AUGGCGUGUGGCAGCAAGAGGGUCACCAUCCAGCUGGUGGACGAAGAGGCAGGGCCUGGAACCAGAGGCCCAAAGCCCUUCCGGGGCCAGAGAUACGAGGCAAUCCGAGCAGCCUGCCUGGAUGAGGGGAUCCUGUUCCGCGAUCCCUACUUCCCUGCUGGCCCCGAUGCCCUUGGCUAUGACGAGCUGGGGCCGGACUCAGAGAAGGCCAAAGGGGUGGAAUGGAUGAGGCCCCAUGAGUUUUGCGCUGAGCCCCAGUUCAUCUGUGAGGAUAUGAGCCGAACAGACGUGUGUCAGGGGCGCCUAGGUAACUGCUGGUUUCUUGCGGCCGCUGCCUCGCUCACUCUGUAUCCCCGACUCCUGUGCCGGGUGGUCCCCCCUGGACAGGGUUUCCAGAAGGGCUACGCAGGUGUCUUCCACUUCCAGCUCUGGCAGUUUGGCCGCUGGGUGGACGUCGUGGUGGACGACAGGCUGCCGGUGCGGGACGGGAAGCUUAUGUUCGUGCGCUCGGAUCAGCGGAACGAGUUCUGGGCCCCGCUCCUGGAAAAGGCCUACGCCAAGCUCCACGGCUCCUAUGAAGUGAUGCGAGGCGGCCACAUGAAUGAGGCUUUCGUGGACUUCACAGGCGGCGUGGGCGAGGUGCUCUACCUGAGGCAAGACAUCCCAGGCCUCUUCUCUGCCCUGCGCCAUGCCCUGGCCAAGGAGUCCCUCGUGGGCGCCACUGCCCUGAGUGAUCGGGGCGAGUACCGCACAGAAGACGGGCUGGUGAAGGGACAUGCGUAUUCAGUCACGGGCACAUACAAGGUGUCCCUGGGCUUCACCAAGGUGCGGCUGCUGCGGCUGCGGAACCCGUGGGGCCGCGUGGAGUGGACAGGGGCCUGGAGCGACAGAUGCCCGCGCUGGGACACGCUCCCCACCGAGUGGCGGGAUGCCCUGCUGGUCAAAAAGGAGGAUGGCGAGUUCUGGAUGGAGCUGAAGGACUUCCUCCGCCACUUCAACACCGUGCAGAUCUGCUCGCUGAGCCCCGAGGUGCUGGGCCCCAGCCCGGCCGGAGGCGGCUGGCACAUCCACACUUUCCAAGGCCGCUGGGUGCGCGGCUUCAACUCUGGCGGGAGCCAGCCUGGCAAUGAGACCUUCUGGACCAACCCGCAGUUCCGGUUGACGCUGCUGGAGCCCGAUGACGAAGAGGACGAUGAUGAGGAGGGGCCCUGGGGGGGCUGGGGGGCCGCAGGAGCGUGGGGCCCUGCGAGGGGGGGCCGCAUCCCCAAGUGCACCGUCCUUCUGUCCCUCAUCCAGCGCAACCGCAGGCGCCUGAGGGCCCAGGGCAUCACUUACCUCACCGUGGGCUUUCACGUGUUCCAGAUCCCUGAGGAGCUGCUGGGCCUGUGGGACUCCCCGCGCAGCCGUGCGCUCCUGCCGGGCCUGCUGCGCGCAGACCGCUCGCACUUCAGCGCCCGCCGUGACGUGAGCCGCCGCUGCCGCCUGCGCCCCGGCCACUACCUGGUGGUGCCCAGCGCCGCCCGCGCGGGCGACGAGGCCGACUUCACGCUGCGCGUCUUCUCCGAGCGCCGCCACACCGCCGUGGAGAUCGAUGACGUCAUCAGCGCCGACCUGCACGCCCUCAUGAUCCCCUACGUUCCCCUGGAGCUGGGGUUGGAACAGCUGUUUCAGGAGCUGGCGGGAGACGAGGAAGCACUCAGCGCCCCUCAGCUCCAGACCUUAUUAAGCAUUGCCCUGGAGCCUGCCAGGUCCCACGCCCGGACCCCUCGAGAGAUUGGGCUCAGGACCUGUGAGCAGCUGCUGCGGUGUUUUGGGGACGGGCGAGGCCUCACCCUGCACCACUUCCAGCAGCUCUGGGGCCAUCUCCUGGAGUGGCAGGCCACAUUUGACAAGUUCGAUGAGGACGCCUCUGGGACCAUGAACUCGUACGAGCUGAGGCUGGCGCUGAACGCGGCAGGCUUCCACCUGAACAACCAGCUGACCCAGGCGCUCACCAGCCGCUACCGGGACAGCCGCCUGCAGGUGGACUUCGAGCGCUUUGUGUCGUGUGCGGCCCAGCUCACCUGCAUCUUCCGCCACUGCAGCCGGCAGCUGGAGGGAGGCGAGGGGAUCGUCUGCUUGAGCCGCAGACAGUGGGCGGAGGUGGCCACCUUCUCCUAGGAGCACGUGCGGCCAGCGCCGGAAGAGCCGCUGGGACCCCCUCUGCCUCUGCCCGGUGCCAAAUGGCGGCCAGAGCACUGCCGUGGGAGCCGGCCUGCCCUGAUCGGUUCCCGCCCGCUGCUCCCCGCACUUCACGCUUCGCCCCCCUCCUCCACAAACAGGGACGGUGAUGGCACCUUUCCCGUGCAGGCUGCGCGACUCAGCCUCAGCACUCGGAUCGGGGCCCGGCAAGGGCGGGUCCCUGGCAGCACCCAUUUGUACACAGUCAGGGGGAUAGGGAUCCCCCAGGCCCAGCCUCACCCUGGGAAGAGGGUCUCCCGUGGCUCUGCUAGGCGGAGCACAGAGACGAGAGAGAGAGAAAAAGAGAGAACGCUGUAGGGAUCCUUCUGAAAAAUAUUACAUGUUUUAUUAUCCUGUCCCCAAGGAGGGUUGUGGUUUAUCCAGAAACCGAGAAAAAAAAAUAAUCAAAUCAAUCAGAAUAAACUCAAAAAUGGGGGAGGGAGGGGAGGAAGCAAAACCCA